CUUCUGAUCGCGGUGACAGGUGAUAACGACCACAUGGCUACGCUGCAUUAUCGCCCGCCUCCACCAUGAAGUAUCUGACCGUCUACUGGCUCGCGUUGCUCUGCAGCCUGUCUCUCGCCAGGGCGCAGUAUUUCUCAGAAGGAUGGACACCAGGCCAGGCUGUACCUUCUGAGGUUCCCAUUCCCAAUCCCGCUUCCACGCCCGUUCCUGCUGAUUCACAAGAGGAAUCAGCACCACUACGGCCCAGUGACCUGCUGAAACUCUUCGAAGCAAAGACGUGGCUUGCGUCCGAGCCAGCGGUGGCGCUCUUUUCGCGAUUUGGGAUUAACAUAACGGAGAGGUUGGCAGCUGCUGAAGUUCUCCCUUGGGACAGCCGGAUUCCGCUCAUCACAGAUGAUAACUACGAGGAAAUGAUUGUUAAGGAAGAGCUUACGGAAGAGGAGGAGGCCGAGCGUGUUUGGGCAUUGCUGAUUUCUGCCAGCGCAUCGCGACAAGACGGGAUAUCAAAGUUCGUCGACGACGCCUUUGAUGAAGCAUACAACCAGACACUCCUUGCUGAAGAUCUCCCGAAUGUACGUUGGGGACGGAUUGAUUAUUUCAACGUCACAUACAUCACGACAAAAUGGGGCGUGUGGCAGGCACCUUUCAUUGUCAUUCUAACAGAUCGUGGUCAGACUCUGCGCUUCUAUCGAGCCCAGAACCUUCGCCUGCGAGAUGGAGCUCUACAUGACUUCCUCAAAGCGGAAGCUUGGAAAGUUACUCCGCCAUGGAAGACUGCCUACGCACCUGGUGGCGAAAGGGAGUACAUCGUGGACUUCGUCGCCACUUGGAUGACCAAAAUUUACAACGUGACCGUCCGACUUCCUCGAUUUAUUCUCUUGCUAUUGUCUGGGACAGCAGGAUCGUUGGUCAUUGGUCUUAUGCACCGAAAACCCCCAAAGCAGGCGGUACAGAAGACAGAACCUGCCUCGCAACCUGCUUCCGCCCCCACUGCAGGUACUAGUACGGCAACACCAUCGAAGCCGGCUACUAAACAACGCAAAUCGAAGAAGUAAUGGUAUAUUGAUGGGAGAUGCUUAUUGAUCUUGAUG